AUGGACGUUUAUACACUUGGGAACUUCUCAACGGGCGUACUCCUGUUGACUCGCUUCCGACCUUACCCUCACUCUGUAAAGGAGAAGAAUGUUGUCGACGUCGAAACAAAACAAGACGACAAGGGCGACAUCUUUGACGAUUCAAAUAUGGGAACAAACCCCAAAAUGUGGAAGUGUCCAAGAAACAGAAUCAGAAGAGUUUCCGAAAACAAUCAACACGAUGCCUCAAGCAGCUGUCACAUGUCGAUGUUCAAAAGUACACACAUCAAAGAAAUGACAAAGUCUUAUGUUUUCCUGGACGAUGAAUGCGGCCGCUGCGAAUCAGACAGUCAAAUCUCCAAUGCGAUGGGUGCGGUCCAUCGAAACCUGCAUUAUACUACCAGACAUGAACAGCAGAUUCAAUCGAAACAACUUUCCACCGUAAUUGAACUGAAUGAGAUUUGCUCCCUUGACAUGUGUCAAACCUUCAAGAAUCCUAAGGGACUGGCCACUAUCCCCUACACUGGGCGUCUUGAUAUUAGCAAAGUUAUCAUUACCACUCAAGACAAAGCUCCCAACGACUCGCGCAUGUUGGAUGAAGCCACAUAUAUCAAAGAAGCCCUUGACGAGAAACCGACCUGCCGUAGAGCUCCCAGAGAAAUUGUCAUGGAUCAAAUGAGCUGUGGAAAUUUUCAUUCGCAUGUUCAAGUUGAUGCGAUCUACACGGAUCUGUCCAAAGCAUGUGCAGGCUUUGCAAUGUUACAACGAUCACUAACAACAAGUCCAUGCUUUUCUGACCGGGGAUCGAAAUAUUUUCAAUGUGCUGCUCCACGGAAGGUUUACGAUAUCAUGAUCGAUGUCGCUGGGCUCUGUUCAUGUGCCAAACCACGCUGUUCUAGCGUCAUGAGCAAGCCGAUCAAAGAAAGAAAAGAUACAAUGGAGAAAUGA